AUGGCCUUAUUCACUCAAGCAGAAAUACAGCUGGCGGCUGAGCGCCGCCUCAAAUACCAAGGCAAAGCCAAAAUCAACCUGGAUCAAAUUCAAGUUCCGCUCGACAGUGACACGAAGAAGCUGGAACGGCUGCGUGGAAUCUUCCUAAAGGAAGGUUGCCUUCGCCUGGAUGACCGGAACCACGUUAUCACCGUUUCUAUCAAAGCACACAAACACCUCAUGGAUCCUCUGUCCAUUGACCUUCCGAAACCUUCAGUCCCUUAUGUUGAGGGCUGGGUAUUCAGCAUCCAAUCACACAUUCCUCCACCCCUGACACCCGUGACCAAAGAUUGUUGCCGUAACUUUCAAGCUGGUAGGGUGGAAAGAAGACAGCUUCGCCCAGUCGAACAGUGCCUGCGACAUCCGCCAUUACCAGGAAACAUGGAACCGCGCACCGUCAACUUGAAGGUUCUUGAUUUACUGAGGGUGGGAGACGGCUGCAAUGCUCAAGUCUUCAAUGUGCAGGUUCUCGAAUCGCACGGGGGGCGAGUACCUAGGUUCUACGGGUCUUAUUCAUUGAAUAUUCCUGUUGACAGGUCUGAAAUGCGCACCGUUCGACUUAUCCUGAUGGAGUAUAUACCAGGGAUAUCAAUGCAACAAGCCAAUCCAGAAAAAUAUUUUUCUCGCCUUGCUCUCCAAGAGAUCAUGAAAUCAGUGAUCGACUUCGAAAGUCGACUGUACGAGCAAGAUAUCUUACUCACGGAUCUAAGCCCUAGAAAUGUCAUCAUGGUGGAGAAGCCCGGCUUUGAUCCGAGACGAGAUCUUCUUUUCCUUGACUUUGCUGGCGCUCUUUUCGGUCGCAGAAGAGACGAUCCACUUGCUAUCGAAUCAAACCUAUUCCUCGGUCGCUAUAUUUCACCUCUUUUACGGUGGGAUAAGACUAUGGCAAUGCAAUUUAAUGACUGGAUUGAUUGGGAUUGGCAGCCCUGGAUCGAAGCCGAGUAUGCUCACACUGCUGCAACGAUCACACCGGAAAUGCGGGACACAUACUGCCGAUGA